GAUAGAUGAUUAAUAGAAGAGAUAGAUAUGAGAGGGAGAAUCUUUGAGAUCUGCGGAAAUGAAUCAGUUUUGCUCUUCAUCAUCAUCUUUCUCAAGCUCCAAUUCCAAGCUCCAUCUCCUGCAGCAAUCUCGGAACACCAGGGAAUUGCAAUUUCAUCUUCAUAUCUGCUCUAGAUCCUUAUACUUCCCUUCCCAUUCUCUCCUCUUACCCCACUUGCGUUCCCACAAGUCAUCCAUCCCGCCGCCAUUGCUGCUCGUGUUAGAAAAGCCUGAACCCUCCUCCUCAGCGUCUUCCCCAAAGGCCAGCAGCGGAGAUCAAUUCUGCAACGAUCCCAUUUCUGAAGCGUUACGCAUGCCAGCAAUUGAGACCUCAGUAGAAGGAGACGAUGAAGGCACAAGCGAUACCCAGAGUUCAGAUAAGCCUAGUGCUACCAGCACUCCCGCGGAGGAGCAGUCGUCUCUGGCAUCUUCCAUUGAUGCUGGGCUUUCGAGAUUUGCUCGGAAGAUGUCAAUUUUUGAGCCUGGUAAGGGCGAAUCAAUUCCUGCUGAGAAGCUUCCGAAAGUGAAUUUGCACUUGUAUUUGUACAGAGCAAAAGUAUUGGCACGGAAUUUCCAGUAUACAGAAGCAGAAAAUAUACUUCAUAAGUGUAUAUAUUACUGGCCAGAAGAAGGGAGGCCAUAUGUGGCCUUAGGUAAAAUGCUUAGCAGACAAUCCAAAGUGAGUGAAGCCAUAUCUGUUUAUGAGAAAGGUUGCCAGGCUACACAGGGAGAAAAUGCAUACAUUUGGCAGAGCUGGGCAGUUCUGGAAUGUCGAUUGGGCAAUAUAGGAAGAGCUAGAGAAUUAUUUGAUGCUGCCAUAGUUGCAGACAGGAGGCAUAUUGCAGCAUGGCAUGGAUGGGCAAUAUUAGAAAUCAAACAAGGAAAUGACAAGAAGGCAAUGGAUCUUCUUGGAAAAUGCCUAAAAUAUAGUGGUGGAAAUGAGUACAUAUACCAAACCUUAGCACUGCUUGAAGUUAGGGCAAAGAGAUUUGAGCAAGCUCGCUAUUUAUUCAAGAAGGCAACAAAAUGUAACCCAAAUAGUUGUGCUAGCUGGCUUGCUUGGGCUCAGCUAGAGGCACAAUCAGAAAAUGUGCAUGAAGCUCGGAAGCUUUUUGAGAAAGCAGUCCAAGCUAGUCCUAAAAAUAGGUUUGCGUGGCAUGUAUGGGGAGCUUUUGAAGCCAAUUUGGGAAAUAUUGACCAAGGACGAAAACUUUUGCGGAUAGGCUACAUAUUAAAUCCUAGAGAUCCAGUUCUCCUUCAAUCACUUGCUUUGAUAGAAUACAAACACUCGAGUGUAAGUGUUGCUAGAGUGUUGUUCCAAAGAGCUUCAGAGUUAGAUCCAAGGCACCAGGCAGUUUGGAAUGCUUGGGGCUGGAUGGAGUGGAAAGAAGGAAAUAUUUCCACUGCAAGGAAACUAUACCAAAAAGUGUUAUCAAUCAAUUCAACAAAUGAGAAUGCCGGUCGCUGUCUUCAGGCCUGGGGUCAUUUGGAGCAGAGUGUUGGUAACUUAUCUGCAGCUCGAAAACUGUUUAUAUCGUCUCUGAAAAUAAAUUCUCAAAGUUCUGUGACAUGGAUGGCAUGGGCAAAUUUGGAGGAAGAGCUAGGAAAUUAUGUGCUUGCUGAUGAAAUUCGUAACCUUUAUUCUCAAGAGUGUACUGUUGAUGAUAACGAGUCAAUGGUUACGGGAUUUCUACACAUAAUUGAUCCAGCCAUCGGCAGUCUAAAGAAAAUCUUGAAUUUGGGUCAGAGUUCUUCAAGAAACGCGUCAGCAACAGAUGGCAAUUCUCAUGGUGAAGAAUCACACAGCAAUGGCAGUACUUCAGAUGAUGCUGCUGCUAGUAGCUUCAACUUAGAUAACUUCAUUCGCAAACAUCUAUCUUUGGAACCCUUGGAGCUUACUGGUCUGUUUGAAUCUUGUCUCAGACAAGAUCCAAAGAAGAUCAGAUCUCCAAGGCGGGCCGGGGAAAAGUGGGACUGCACAUCCCAAAUGUCUCUUGAUCACUGAUCUAUAAUCAAUAGUUUCUAGAAGUUUCUGUUGAUAAUCCAAUGUGCAUAGUUUGAGAACAAGUAUGGGGGAACAGAAUAUUCAAAUCCUUAAACCUUUCCUAGCAAAUGUAAUUUACAUAGCCAACCUUGGGAAUGUUUCAAGGUCUUGUGUUGUAUGUGAUUAGUGUAAUUUGUUUGUACAAUAAAUUAUACAAUGUUGCAUCAGAGGUCUAUCUGUAAUUAGCUCCGAUUGUGUUGAAGCGCUCUCUUCGGGUUCGGUCUGACCUAAUGGAGUUCGGUCUAUUCUUCCGAUCUAGACCUAAACUAUAACAAUCCUAGUUGGCAAAGUACGGAUUGCAACCAAAAGCAGGUUAUUAUUGGCAAGUGGCUACAACACCAAUGGAGGGCAACAAAUGAUGAUGAGUUGUUGGACGAAGUCAAGCAGAUCAAAGGAAGGUUGCAGAGACAUGGCAGCUGGUUUUGCAGCAAUUUGUUAUGCGAUAUGGAGAUCGAGCCCGUAAUCUAAAGAUUAAGCAAGAUCAAGAUGUUUCCCCUGAAGAUUGUAGUGUUUGGACUAGGGAUCAUGUGCGCAUUUAUAUUAAUGCUAAGCUAAAGAGGGUGUGGCUGAGUUAAGGAUGAAUGUUUAUUUAGUUUGUCUUGAUAGAGUUGUACUCGAACUCACUUGAAAUGGUGAAUAAAAUCCUGUGCAUUUG